AUGGGAGGCUUUGACGUCUAUUGCGCUAUUUGCGGCGGAGGCCUUCGAAAGCCGUCUUGGACUGUUGAAGAAGACGACGAGGAUUCUGAGACUUAUACCUACGACCCUGCCGUGUUGCCUAAUGAUGAGGACCCUGAGCUGGGUUGGCUGGAAGACGUCAGGCUCAUUGGGGAGAACUCCGAAACCAGUGCAGAAUGCCCUAUCUGGGUUUCGGGCCCGGCUCAGGAGGACGACUGUGGAUUCUUCCAUUACGAAAUCGGAAGCAACCCUGAUCCUGCGCUACUGGAUAUAGACGAGCCUGGAACCGCGGUUGCGUAUUGGGGGACUGACGACUUGCCUCAAUGUGUGCCCUUUCACACCCAGUGUCGUGAGCUUCUCAGUCACUUUUUGGGCAUCUCUGAAGUGGACAAGACUCUUCUACAUGCUGUUUUCGGCAAGUUAGCUCCGGAUGAUGUGUCGUCUGGUUCGAGCGGUCUCAAUCUUGACUAUGGUGACAUAUCCGAGUAUAUGGGACAGUACUGGGAAGUCCAAAGAGGGGGAGAAUAUUAUGUGUUUAACCCGAUCCAAGUCAAGGGGUUGAAGCAACUAUACGACAGCCUCCCUCUUCAGAACCAAGAUCAUGCUGGCGAAGUCAAAGUAUACCGAACGGAAGGCGAUCCAUUCACAAAAUUGCCUGCUGAUAUACUACUCCUCAUCAUGUCUCAAUUUCCAGACAUGAGCCCCGUCUUGGAGUUACGGAAGUCCUCCCCAGCCUUUGCGAACAUCCAGCUGGGCAGUGGGUUUUGGAAAAAGCGUUUCCACGACGACAUGCCGUGGCUCUGGGAUAUGCCGGUAUUCCCGGACUUGGACAUAGCUGACAUCGAUUGGAAGCAAGCCUAUCACAGACUGGACCUUGCUAGUCUGUGUUCCUCAGAAAUAAAAGACAAGGUUUUUGGACUAUGCAACAGACGGAGGAUCUGGGAGCAGAUGUGUCCUAACUUUCUCAAACCGUACACUGAGCUGCAGUCCAAUCUGUUAGCUUGGGGUGCGAUGGAACCGCCCGUCCUGAGAGAUGCUUAUGAGCCUGAGGCCAGGGGUUGGGGAGGGCCUGGAAACUAUCCUUGGAAGCCAACAACUGAAACCUUGUUCGACAUGUUUCAUGAGCUUCCUGAUGCAAGGCCCACCAUUACGGCUGACUGGACAGAUGAAGGAUAUCUUGUCGACCUCCAUGCUCGAAAGGAAAGAGAUCUCCAUGCGAUCACAGCCAAAGAUAAGAGGGACAUGGUAGCCGUUCCUGAUGAUGACUGGCUUACAGGCUUCAUUAUCACCACUCGCGAGGUCGGUGUUGAAGGGGGGCAAAAUAUCCGACGCAUUUUUGGUCUUGACAUUCUCUUCGCAAAGCAGCUCCCAGUCCAACUAGGUUCGUCCGAGGGCGAUAAACGUCUCUUCUAUGUGAAGGAAGAAAACUUCGUCGUUGCGCUCAAAACGUCUCGUAGCGAUGAUGGUCUUUUGGUUCAACUCGGGCUUAUUGAGCAACCGUUGUCAUCUGCUGAAGAGAGCUCGCGAAUCGUAGACACUCUCAGGGACAAUUACAGCACUUCCACAAUAGAGUAUCCGUGGUGGAGAGAACUUCCACCUACACAUGUCCGAUUAUCUGAACCCAAAGUGAACGAGUUCAGAGUUUCCGGUUUCAAAGAUCAGGCUCCGAUGGACCUUUUAAUCCUGGGAACGUCGGACGAGGAACUGGCUGAUAUCACAUCCAUCUCUGUUGAUAUCUGCCUUGGGGGGAUUGAGGUUGCCUACGGUCAUCAGGCAAGCCGUAAAGUAGGUACCCGGCAUCAAGCUAUGAAGAGCCUGAGUAUCGAUGGCAAGGGUGGGGAGAGGAUCGUGCUGGCCUAUGCCACUUUACAGGAUGAGCCCAACUCUCUGACUAUUCUCACAAAUCGAGGUCGCACAUUGGCCGUUGGGCGAUCGUCGGGCGAGUCUGGCCGAUUGGAUGUCAUGGAUAACGAAGUCCAGCUGGAAAUCUGCGGAUUUUACGGUUGUUGGCAGUCCGUCGGCAAUGAUCCAAGUGAUAUAAUGCUUCGGAGCAUAGGCACCGUCGGUUCAGUGGAUCUCGGUUACGUCGACACAGAUACUCUGCCGGCCGUCCCAAGGGAUUCUAACAACUACACCUGGGAGCCUUCCAUGUUGCCGUCAAACUUAAGAGAGUCAGGGGCCGUAUUCGGGUCGCGUGACGACGCCAGCAUCCGGCUACCGAUGGCCAGUGUUGUCAGUAGGAUUGACUGCAGUCGGCCGCUGACGGAGAUACGGGUGACCUUGACUCACAACAGUGGUGAUCCCAUCCUAGCCCCCAUCACAGCUAUCACUUUCAAGUAUGUUGAUGGUGAUGAGGAAUCCGUUGGCCCCGAUAGAUUUCCCGAGGCUGCAACCUGCCUUGGGUGUAAGCUGGGGUCGAGUGUUCGAGAACAACUCGACUUGGUGCCGCAUUACCAUCAGCAGACUUGGAAGGUCGAUGGGAAGAAGUUGACAAGCUUGAGAAUCUGGCGUCACAGUUGUAUGAGCAUUGGUGCAAUACAGUUUGUUGUCGAGGGCCAGGUAGAGAGCCCAGUCUGGGGAUAUUGGCAAGUCGACACCAGUGCGUUGCAACUUUCUGAGGUGCGAUUCGUAGGCGAUGGCCGAGGUAGGGCUGUUGCGCUCAAGAUGUUCUUGGGCAAACUUACACGGGGUGGUUACCGUGAUGAUGAUGUUAUUGUUGGGAUACAGGAGCUGGUGCCCUCUUACACUGUUGAGAAAUCAAAUUGA